AUGGAUAUUAAUUACUGUGACACUUGGCUACGUCGCCGGAAAUCAUCAUUCUGUUCCGGAACGCAAACAUUAUCACCACCGAAUGUAAAUUAUUCAUUGAAACGAUGGCUUCAGCAAGGUAUCGAUGAAAAGUAUAAACAACUUAAUCAGUAUCGCUUUAUACAGGAAAUUGGACAGGGUUCCUAUGGAAUAGUGAAACUAGCUUAUAAUGAAGAAGACAAGAAUUUAUACGCGCUAAAAGUGCUCGAUAAGAUGAAAUUGCUCAAAAAUUUUGCAUGUUUUCGUCCUCCACCAACACGUCGAAUUAAUAAUUAUUCGUCAGUGCGAUUCCCACGUGAUCCUAUAAAAGCUGUGCAACGUGAAAUUGCAAUUUUGAAAAAGCUCAGCCAUCCAAAUAUAGUAAAACUUGUUGAGGUUUUAAGCGAUCCAAAUGAUAGAUAUUUGUAUAUGGUCUUCGAAUUACUUGAAAAUGGACCUGUUUUAGAAAUUCCAACGGAUAAACCAUUAGAUGAAAAAACUGCAUGGCUAUACUUUCGUGAUACUGUCAAAGGACUUGAAUAUCUUCAUUACCAAAAAAUAGUUCAUCGUGAUAUUAAACCAUCAAAUUUAUUACUCUCAGAAACAGGUCAUGUUAAGAUAGCAGAUUUUGGGAUUUCCUAUGAAUUUCAAGGCAUUGAUGCAUUUUUAUGUGGAACUGCUGGAACACCAGCAUUUAUGGCACCUGAAGCACUUACAGAAGAUUCGUCGUGCUUCUAUAGUGGCCGUGCUCAAGACAUCUGGUCAUUAGGUGUCACACUGUAUGCUUUCGUCUAUGGAGUAGUACCAUUCUGGGACUCGUACGUGAUAGCUUUGCAUAAGAAAAUCAAAAAUGACGCUGUCAAUUUUCCGAAAACGUCCGUAAUAAGCAAAUCUUUGAAAUUGCUAAUUUUAAAUUUACUCAAAAAAGAUCCAGGCUUACGGCUUAUGCUAAAUGAAAUUAAGGAACACAAUUGGGUGACACAAAAUGGUCGCUAUCCAAUGCCAUCUGAGACUACAAACUGUGAAUUAAUAACGGUAACAAAUGAGGAAAUUCAAAAUUGUGUACGAAAUAUACCACACUUAGAUACAUUAAUUCUUAUUAAAUUUAUGGUACAUCGUCGAAGAUUCGGCAAUCCAUUCAAAAUUAUGAGAAAGACAUCAGAAUGUAACUCAUUAUUGACUACUAAUCGACAUAAUGAAAAGAUUAUCAAGUCCGAUAUCAGCAAAUCGAUGGAUGUGUUAAAUGCUAAAACAAAGAAUUUAUUGCUAAAUGCUGGAACAAUAAAAGCAAAUAGAAGUGAAAGUGUUGAUAAGAAAGUGAAUCGAAGUAGUGGCAGUUGGCUUUGA